AAGUCCCCCCGGCGAUUAAAACGUGCGGACCCCAUGACUCACUGAUCCAAAAAGUCGCUGAUCCUUGCGCUCUUUUUAAUUUCCUUUAAACUGCGAUGCCUUUAAAUCUUUUCUCUGUCAGCAGUUGCCUUUUAAAAUGUUUGAAAUCUUUUCAUUACAACCCGCAAAGAGGAUUUAGAGGUGGAGCAGCUUCCUUAAGCUCAGUGAGCUUAAAAGGUCGCAGUUGUCUCACACUUAAAGAUUUCAGCUCCGAUGAAAUCAAGAGGCUGCUGUGGGUAUCAGCGGACCUCAAGCGUCAGAUAAAGCAUGGAAAGCAGUAUCUGCCUCUUCUGCAAGGAAAGGCGAUUGCAAUGAUAUUUGAGAAGAGGAGCACCAGAACAAGAAUGUCCACAGAAACAGGUUUUGCUUUGUUGGGUGGACACCCCUGCUUCCUAACCUCACAGGACAUCCACUUAGGAGUAAAUGAAAGCUGCACCGAUACGGCAAGGGUUCUCUCUGGACUUUGCGAUAUUGUUUUGGCGCGGGUUUACAGUCACUGCACACUGGAGGAGCUGGAUCGAGAGGCUUCCAUCCCCAUCAUUAAUGGACUCUCUGAACUUUAUCACCCCAUCCAGAUUCUGGCAGACUUCCUCACCUUACAGGAGCAUUAUGGGUCUCUUAGUGGACUUACAGUGAGCUGGAUUGGAGAUGGAAACAAUGUCCUCCACUCCUUCAUGAUGACUGCUGCCAAACUUGGGGUUCAUCUGAAAGUUGCCACACCAAAGGGUUAUGAACCAGACAAGGGUGUAACUGAAGAGGCGCAGAGGCUGUCCAAACAACAUGGGACCCAACUUGUUCUGACCUCAGAUCCGAUGGAGGCUGCCCAUGGCAGCAAUGUGUUGGUCACCGACACCUGGGUCAGCAUGGGCCAGGAAGAGGAGAAGAAAAGGAGGCUAAAAGAUUUCCAUGGCUACCAGAUUACAAUGCAGACCGGAAAUGUGGCCAAACCAGAUUGGACCUUCCUGCACUGCCUUCCCCGGAAGAUGGAGGAGGUGGACGACCAAGUGUUUUACUCAUCCCGCUCCCUCGUCUUUCCUGAGGCUGAGAAUAGAAAAUGGACCAUCAUGGGUUUGAUGGUUUCUCUUUUGACCGACUACACUCCACAGAUCUCUAUGCCAAAGUUUUAAACUUAAGGUGGAAUUUAUUUUGGACCUACUGAUGAAGCAACAUGUGUUAGCAAAAUUUGUGUUUACUUUCAUAAUUGUUACAUUUAUUAACAAGGAAACAGUUUCUGAGUUAUUGCAAUUUAUUUCCAUCCAUCUGAACUUGAUGGAGGGUGCCAGCAAUAAAUAAAAGGAUUGUGUGCGUUGUGAUUGAUUCA